AUGUGUCCAGCUGUCAAAAAAGUUGCAAACGAGGCGAAAGUUCACUGUCUGAUAUUAAAUUUGUGCUAAUAUUUUUGUUUUAAAACUAUGUCGAAAGACACAAAUCCAAAAGAGGCGCUUAUUAAAGCGGCCUACGCCGAUGUGCACAAGUUUGGCCAGAAUCAGGAGUUCGACAAAGCCGUUAAAGCCGUUAAUCGCAUUUUAGGAGUUGCUCCCGAUGACCAAACGGCAUUACACUGCAAAGUUGUCUGCCUCAUGCAACUGUCCAAGUUCGACGAAGCUCAUAAGUUCAUUGAGAAGAAUCGUCUCAGCACAUCGUUGAUCUUUGAGAAAUCCUACUGCGAGUAUCGCUUGAACAAGCAACUCCAAGCGCUGAAGACCAUCGAUGAUGCGGGUUUACCUCAACCGCUGCCACCCAAGCUCAAGGAGUUGCGCACUCAAAUUCUGUAUCGCCUGGAGCGCUAUGAUGACUGUCUGGAUGCCUAUAAGGAUAUCAUUAAGAAUACUAGCGAUGAAUAUGAAGAUGAACGUCGCACCAAUCUAAGUGCAGUAGCAGCAAACUUGGCGUUAGACAAGGAAAAGGAAGUGCCCGAUGUGCCUGAGGACACCUACGAACAAUAUUUCAAUAGCGCUUGCAUUCAAUCUAAUCGCCAAAAGUUCGUGGAAGCCGAACGCAAGUUGCGCACUAGCGAGAAGUUGUGCCGCGAGUUUCUCGAGGAUGAGGGCGCCAGCGAGGAGGAAAUACUUGAGGAGCUGGACGUGAUACGUGUUCAGUUGGCAUAUUGUCUGCAGCAGCAGGGCAAGCUGAAGGAGGCCAGCGUUAUUUACGCUGAGUGUUUGCGUCACAAGCCAAAGGAUGCAGCUCUCGUAGCGGUGGCCAGCAAUAAUGCGGUGGUCAUCAAUAAGGAUCAAAAUGUCUUUGAUUCCAAGAAGAAAAUACGCGCUGCCAUGGCAGAAGCUUGCGAGCCAAAGCUCACGUCGCGCCAAAAGCAAAUUAUUGCCUUAAACAAUUGUCUGUUGGCACUUUAUACAAAUGCCAGCGAUCAAGUGCAGCAACUGACACAAAAACUGGUCACUAGCUAUCCACAAGUUGAGUUUGAGGCUCUACUAAUACGCUGCAGUCAACUGGCCAAGGACAAGAAGCAUAAGGAUGCCAUUGAGCAGUUGCAGAAAUUUGCGGUCGCGAACAAGACUCAUGCAUUUGUUAGCAAAUUCGCCAUCAUUCAGCUGCAGUUGCUGCAGGGUAAUCGCAAAGAUGCUAUUGAAACGCUGCUGUCGCUGGGCGAAGCCAAGUACAAGCCUGGUGUUGUAUCCGCACUCGUCUCGCUUUAUCUAGGAACUGACAACAAGCCCGCUGCUUCUGACGUGCUCAAGUCGGCCGUGGAAUGGUAUAAGCAGAACAAUGUCAGCAGCGGCGAUUUGUCGGACAUGUGGCGUCAAGCAGCCGAAUUUCAUUUGCGUGGUGGCGCCUCAGAGACGGCGGCCAGUUCGUUGGAGGAGCUGCUCAAGCUAAAGCCCAACGACAUGAAAGUAUUAGCUCAGCUUGUUAUUGCCUAUGCGCAAUUUAAUCCCAAGCGUGCGUUGGAAAUAAGUCGUCGUUUGCCCAAACUGGAAACUUUGACCACUGCCUCGGAAAUUGAUGCACUCGAGGCGGCCAAUUGGGUAAUGUCCACCAAGGCGGCCAAGAAGUCGGCCAAUGCCAAAAUCGAACCCUCACCGAGCACACCGGCAGCUGAGAAGAAGAGCGCCAAUCGCAAGCGCAAAGGCAAACUCCCCAAGAACUAUAAUGCUGAAGUCGGACCUGAUCCCGAACGUUGGUUGCCCAAGUACGAGCGCACAGGAUUCCGUAAGAAGCGUGGUGGCGCACGUGGCAAGGAUGUCAUCAAGGGCUCCCAGGGCAUGGCCACGGGUGCAGCUGACCAAUACGACAUGUCGAAUCGCGCUAAUUUGAGCAAGAACUCGCCUGCGACGCCAGUCUAUCAGGAGCCUACUCCUGGUCCCAGGCAACAACAUCGCAAGGGUGGACACAAGAAGAAGAAGGGCGGACGUUUCUAAACUUUAGCCGCAUUUAUUUUAUACAAUAUGUUGCAUUGCUAUAAAAAUUACAAUAUGGGUCUUGAAUUCAAA